AUGGAUUUGUUGAGUUGUGUAAUUGGUCUUUGCCUCACUUGGAUCUUUCUGAAAACCUUCCAUAUAAUUCCUAGAAGCAAAGAAAAUCACAAAAAGCUUCCACCUGGUCCAAAACCUUUUCCAGUAAUAGGAAACCUCUUAGAACUCGGUGAUAAACCCCACAAGUCCCUAACCAUGCUUGCCAAGGCUCAUGGCCCCAUAAUGACCCUAAAACUAGGCCGAGUAACCACAAUUGUCAUCUCUUCAGCAAACAUGGCCAAAGAAAUUCUUCAAACACAUGACCAAAUCUUGUCGAACCGAACCGUCCCGGAUGCAGUCCGAGCCCACAAACACGACGAGUUCGGCUUGCCAUGGAUCUCCGUAUCGGGCCAAUGGAGGAACCUUCGCAAAAUAUGCAACGGCCAACUAUUCUCCAACGCGGCACUUGACGCCAACCAAGAUAUCCGGCGCAAGAAAGUGCAAGAGCUCCUCGCCGAAACUCGUCAAAGCAGCCUAACCGGUGAGGCAAUAGAUAUUGGCAGAGCGGCUUUCAAGACUACGCUUAAUAUGUUAUCAAACACAAUUCUUUCGACGGACUUGGCCGACCCGAAUUCUGACACGGCUAGAAAGUUCAAGGAGAUCGUAUGGAAUAUCAUGAAAGAGAUAGGAAAACCCAACUUGGCAGAUUAUUUUCCUGUGCUUAAGAAGAUCGAUCCCCAAGGAAUAAGGCAGCGCAUGACAGUAAACGUUGGAAAAAUGAUAGACAUCUUUGCCGACAUGAUUAGCGAACGGUUGCAGAUAAGAAAAGUGUCUGGUUCUAUCCCGAACAGGGAUAUGUUAGAUACCCUUCUCAACAUGAGUGAAGAAAACAGUGAAAAGAUGGACAAGACGACGAUGGAACAUUUCUUCUUGGAUCUAUUUGCCGCCGGCACUGAUACAACUUCAGCCACACUGGAAUGGGCAAUGGCAGAGCUACUCCACAACCCAGAGGCUUUGUCAAAAGCAAAAAUAGAGUUGGAAGAAGUAAUUGGCAAAGGAAACUCAGUCGAGGAGUCGGAUCUUGCUCGUUUACCUUACUUACAUGCAAUAGUCAAAGAAACAUUUCGGAUGCACCCGGCAACUCCUUUGUUACUUCCUAGGAAAGCUGAAGCAGAUGUAGAAAUCAAUGACUAUAUUAUUCCAAAGGGUGCACAAGUUCUAGUGAAUGCAUGGGCUAUAGGCCGAGACCCGAACUUAUGGGAGAACGCAAAUUCAUUUAUGCCGGAUAGGUUCUUGGGGUCAGAAAUUGAUGUUAAAGGUCGUAACUUUGAGAUUAUACCUUUUGGUAGUGGAAGGAGAAUCUGUCCUGGUUUGGCAUUGGCAAUACGAAUGUUGCAACUGAUGUUGGGUUCUCUUAUCCAUACAUUUGAUUGGAAGCUUGAAGAUGGGGUUACAGCUGAAAAUAUGAACAUGGAAGAAAAGUUUGGCAUAACUUUACAGAUUGCUCAUCCUUUGAGAGCCGUCCCUAUUCCGGUUUAAAAUAGGUUGAAGAAUUCACCCAUUAUAGUACAUUUCAUGUCAUUUUACUUCCAUAAAUAAAUUUGUUCAAAGUGAAUAACAAAGA